AUGGGGUACGAGUCCGAUUGCCGUAUUGAAGGGGUGAUCUUGGGGGUGGACGGCGGCACCACCUCCACCGUCUGUGUGUGCAUGCCGCUCCUCCUCUUCUCUGAUCACAGCCAUCUUCCCGAUCCUCUCCCUAUUCUCGGCCGUGCCGUUGCUGGUUGCUCCAAUUACAAUAGCGUCGGAGAAAAUGUAGCCAGAGAAACAUUGGAACAAGUUAUGGCUGAAGCUCUUUCAAAAGCUUGCAUGAACCAUUCAGUUGUUCGGGCGGUUUGUUUAGGCAUUUCUGGUGUCAAUCAUCCAACGGAUCAGGAAAUGAUCUUGAAUUGGAUAAGGCACAUAUUCCCAAGUCAUGUAAAGAUUCAUGUCGAGAAUGAUGCAGUGGCAGCCCUUGCAAGUGGGACCAUGGGGAAACUUCAUGGCUGUGUUCUGAUUGCGGGUACAGGGUGCAUAUCUUAUGGUUUUAGAGAUGAUGGAAAAAAAGCUCGUGCUGCUGGUGCAGGACCUGUACUAGGUGACUGGGGCAGUGGCUAUGGAAUUGCUGCUCAGGGAUUGACAGCCAUUGUGAGGGCUCAUGAUGGCCGUGGUCCAAAGACGAUGCUUACAAAUUGUGUUCUCAAGACACUCGAUCUUUCUUCUCCAGAUGAAAUAAUAGGGUGGACCUAUGCAGAUUCAUCUUGGGCAAGAAUUGCAGCACUUGUUCCUGCAGUGGUAUCUUGUGCAGAAGCUGGUGAUCAAAUUGCCAAUGAUAUCUUGAAUAAUGCUGUUCAAGAAUUGGCUAUGAGUGUGAAAGCUGUAGUUCAACGACUACAGUUGGCCGGAGAAGAUGGAAAUGGUUCUUUCCCUGUUGUGAUGGUUGGUGGAGUCCUUGAAGCUAACAAGAUAUGGGAUAUUGGGAAAGAAGUUAUUAAUUCUAUUUUGAAGACCUACCCAGGUGCUUCUCCUAUAAGACCGAAGGUGGAGCCUGCCGUUGGAGCUGCUCUGUUUGCCUGGAAUUCCCUGAUGAAAGAAGCAAAAGCAAAUGGCCACCAAUAA